AUGUCAUCCAUAGCUUCCGAGUGUUGUGAAGAUGAUUUUGAAGGUUAUGCCUCUAGCAAUGGAGGAUAUGACUAUGAGGGUGACGGAGGCUAUGAGGGAGAUGACAUGGGAUAUGAGCAUCACUAUUCUUACAAUGAAUAUGAUGGUGAUGGUGCUCAUGGGGAGUUGAAUGAAGAAUAUGGUCAAUAUGAUCAUAACUUGUACGAGGGUGAAGAAUACUACUCCGAGGACAAUCGUGAGGCAACACCUCAUGAGGCUUAUGAAGAAGGAGUAGAUGGGUAUGAUGAAGAGUCCUAUGGUGGAUACGAGCAUGAAGAGUCUCAUCCUACACACCAAGGACAUGGGGGUGAAUUGAGGUAUACUCCUUUCUCACACUUUCGAUAUGAACCAAUUGGUGGGAACUUGCAAGAAUGGGAAGAAUGUGGUGAUGAUGAGCCUAUUGACUAUGCACUUUGUGGUGAGUAUGCUUGUGAAGAUAAUGGGCUUGCAUAUAAUUCUUAUGAGGGGUCUUCUAAUAGAUUGUCACACCCUUAA